UAUAGUAGUAGUAAUAGUCAACUGUCUCGGUCGGUGACUAACUCGCUCGUGAGGCUAGCUGCGAUAGCAUACGUACGUUAGAUAGAAGCUAACUGCAGCUAACGUUGCAGCGUUUCAGCCUCAAUAAAAGUCGUGAAUUCAACUCAUUCAAAGACUUUAAUUUAAGUUUUGAGUAUUUAAACUAUUUCCUGAAUGUUCUAUAUGACAACAUUAGUUAUUACAUGGUUAUGUGUGCUCGUAUCAUAGCUUUGUAGUUGUUUUGCGUCUCUUUGCGCUUGUGUCUGUUUGUAGUUGUAUUUCAUCUAUUUGUGGUUCUUUUUCGGUCGUUGUUCGUGUAUUUAUAGUUGCUUUGUGUAUUUUUGUAGUUGUGUUGUAGUAGUGUUGUGUCUCUUUAUGGUCUUAAAGCUGCACUCCGUGACAUUAACACUAAGGCUGAAACGAUUGCUCGAUUACUAAAUGAAUAGUCAACUAUUUUUAUUGUCAAUUAUUCAGUUUGAGUGUUUUCUAAAGAAUUAAAACCAGGCUUCUUAAAUGUGAAUAUUGUCUGGUUUCUUGCUCCGUAUAACUAAGAAAUCAUCAAAACAAUCAUUUUGGUUUGUGGACAAAAACAAAACAUUUGAGGACAUCGUCAUUUCCAGAUGGUGGGCGGUAAAGUGAAGAAACCGGGCAAACGCGGCCGCAAACCUGCCAAGAUCGACCUGAAGGCCAAGCUAGAGCGGAGCCGCCAGAGCGCCCGAGAGUGUCGCGCCCGGAAGAAGCUGAGGUACCAGUACCUGGAGGAGCUGGUGUCCAGUAAGGAGCGAGCCAUCUGUGCUCUGCGGGAGGAGCUGGAGAUGUAUAAACAGUGGUGUUCCGCCAUGGAUCAGGGGAAGAUCCCGUCGGAAAUCAAAGCUCUUCUGACCGGAGACGAGCAAAAACCGCCUCAGGGCGGCGGCAUCAAGGCGUCCAAGAACAACAAGAACAACAACAACGUCAGCACCAACGGUCAGAGUUAGAGCGACUGCAGAGCGUCGCCGCGUCAGAGAGAGAGAGAGAGAGAGAGAGAGAGAGAGUGCCUCGCUUGUGAUGGAUGUUAAAGACGAGGAGCGUCAAUCAUCCCCACACACGCACACACGACACUGUCGUACGUCCCGACAACAGAAAAUAUCUCUGUUAGUCUCGAGAAUCUAAAGUUCCAAGAACUUACGGGGGAAGAAAAGUUGUGUAAAACAUCAGAAUUAGGUCAAUUAUUGACUGUCACUGAGUUUAGUGAAAGAAUCUGAUGAGUCACUGUUUUUACUGUCACAGAAGGAUUUAAAUUGAUCACUAAAGAAUUUUCAGACGCAAACGAGUCAUAAUUUGAAAAAUUCAAGCGAGACUUGUUUGAUAAGUCACAUGACCAAUGAAUGUCUAAGGAGGAAACAAGUGUGUGUGUGUGUGUGAAGUGUUUGACUGACACUGUGAAGGUCAAAGGUCAGAGCAGCAGAGUCCAGAUAUGACUCUGAUUGUAUUUUUUUUCAGUGUUUCAGCUUCUGCUUCUCCGUUAUAGUCAGUGAUUUAAAAAAAAAAAAAAUGUGCUCUUUGUUUAUAUUUUUACGUCUGUCACGUGAUUAUUUACUGUUACUGUUUAAUUUAGGACCAACAGACAACGUUUGUGCACUUUUCUUCACUUUUGCACCUUCUUUUGUUUUCCCAGAGAAAAUAAAAGUGUUUGAGAAAGAGA